AUGGCGAAGCAGCUUCUCAAGAAGCCACUCAAGCUAGCAUUGGUCCAGCUAGCGACUGGUGCUGAUAAGUCGGCCAACCUGGCGCGAGCGAGAUCGAAAGUGCUGGAGGCUGCAUCGAAAGGUGCCAAUCUAGUCGUUCUCCCCGAAUGCUUCAACUCACCGUACGGCACCAAGUACUUCCCGAAAUACGCCGAGACCCUUCUACCCUCGCCGCCAUCCCAAGAGCAAUCGCCGUCCUUCCAUGCUCUCUCUGAGCUUGCCAAAGAAGCAAAAGCAUAUCUUGUCGGUGGUUCCAUCCCCGAAUACUGGGAGGAGACCAAGAAGUACUAUAACACGUCCUUGACGUUCGAUCCGAGUGGCAAUCUGAUUGGCACUCAUCGCAAAGUGCAUCUCUUUGACAUUGAUAUCCCGGGCAAGAUCACAUUCCGCGAAAGCGACGUCUUGUCGCCCGGAAAUAAGGUCACAAUCAUCCAUCUGCCAGAAUAUGGCAAGAUCGCGGUCGCUAUAUGCUAUGAUAUUCGCUUCCCUGAGCUUGCCAUGAUAGCCGCACGAAAAGACUGCUUCCUCUUGUUAUAUCCCGGAGCGUUCAAUUUGACCACAGGCGCUAUGCACUGGGAGCUGCAAGCACGCGCUCGCGCAAUGGACAACCAGAUCUAUGUUGGCGUCUGCAGUCCUGCUCGCGAUAUGAGUGCCGACUACAAUGCUUGGGGUCAUUCAAUGGUGGUGAACCCGAAUGCAUCCAUCCAAUCCGAGCUGGACGAGAAUGAGGACAUCGUCUACGCCGAUCUCGAUGGCAAUGCGAUUGAGGAGUCACGCAAAGGCAUACCCAUCUACACACAACGUCGAUUCGACGUUUACCCGGAUGUCAGCGCUGGAAAAGUUAGGUUGGACGAGUAA